GAAUCUAAACCCCAAACAAUCCGUCUCUGUUCGCCUCUUCUUCCCCUUUUCCCUUAUCUCUUCCCCUUCGCAAUCCAUGGCGGCAGCCGCGGCCUUCAAGCCCGUAUCCAUGGCAGAAGGCCUUCUACCCUCCCUCCCCACCACCUUCUUUUCGUCCAACACCAAGCGCUCCCUCCCUCUCCUCUCAUUGACUCGCGCCUUCAAGCCCUUCCCCUUCCUCCACUCCUCUCGCUCCGCUUCGCGUUUCUCCCUCGAAAAGAAGCUUCGUUUUCUUCCCCUCGUCGCGCAGACCUCUGAUUGGGCUCGACAGGACGAGGAGGCGGGAGAGGAUGAGGUGGAAGACGGAGAUUUUGGAUUUGACGUGGGCGAGGAGGGAGCCGCUGCUGGGAUCGAGGAUUAUGAGGGAGAAGAGGAGCCGACGGUGGAAGGUGGGGUAGUGGCCGAUGGAGGUAGCGGCUUCGCAGUGGGGGAGGUAGAGGAGCCUUAUGCCGAGCCGCCUGAGGAGGCUAAGCUCUAUGUCGGAAACCUGCCCUUUGAUAUAGACAGCGAGAAAUUGGCUCAGCUCUUCGAUUCGGCUGGCGUUGUCGAGGUCGCGGAGGUGAUUUACAAUCGGCAGACUGAUCAAAGUCGUGGAUUUGGAUUCGUGACGAUGAGUACUGUAGAAGAAGCAGACAAAGCCGUAGAGAUGUUCCAUCGUUAUGAAAUUAAUGGCAGGCUCCUAGCCGUAAACAAAGCAGCCCCCAGGGGCUCUCGUGUGGAAAGAACUCCACGAGUAUAUGAACCUUCCUUCAGAAUCUAUGUUGGCAAUCUGCCAUGGCAAGUGGAUGACGACCGCCUGGAGCAAGUAUUCAGCGAACAUGGUAAAGUGGUGGAAGCAAGGGUUGUGUAUGAUAGAGAUAGCGGACGUUCGCGUGGAUUUGGCUUUGUGAAAAUGGAAUCGCAGGCUGAAAUGGACGACGCUAUUGCUGCUCUCGAUGGACAGAGUUUGGAUGGCCGCGCGUUACGAGUUAAUGUCGCUGAGGAGAGACCGAGGCGUACCUUCUGAUAUGGAAAAACCAAAAAAUUAUUUGUCUGAAAUACUUCGUAUGAAUUUUUUUUCUUUACUUUAUAGGGCUAGCCAAAGUUCUUCCUUGUUAUGGAUUUCUAAUGCAUUUAUGCAUCACUCACUUGAUGAAGAAGAUGAGGUUAAUGUACAACCAUUGCUAUUAAUUUUGGUUUGAGGGGGGCUCAGUGUUCAGUUUGUUCCCCCAAGCCCGAAAUGUUGAUUCAACCUCUAAAUUAAAAUCUGUUGUGAUUUUUAUAUGUA